AUGUCAGAGGGAAAUGUGAUUGAUGUCAGAAACAAGAAGUCGGGGUCAUGCGGAUGCAAACCAGUGGAAUAUUCAGAUGAAUUUCUCCAAUCAGUGCCUCUGUACAAGAGAACAACAGAGAGAAGCUAUGCAGCAGCUCUAAAGAUAUCACAUGUCGCCAUUCACAAUUUGAAGAAAAGAGGCAGACUUAGAACUCACACAAGCACAAACAGACCAGCACUUACUUCUAAUCAUAAGGUUGCAAGGUUAAAGUGGGCUUUAGCUCAUGUUAACCCUAUUCCUGCAGUUGGGGACCCAACAUUUCUGAACAUGCAACAGUCAAUUCAUAUUGAUGAAAAGUGGUUCUGGUUGAACCUAGAAACAAGGAGGUUUUACGUGCUGCCAAAAGAGGAAAAUCCAUACAGGUGCCAACAGUCCAGAAGGUUCAAAAUCAAAGCCAUGUUUAUGGCAGUGUUUGGUAAACCUCUAUAUGAUGCUAACAAAAACUUGCUACAUGAUGGCAAAUAUGGUAUGUUCCCUUUUGUAUUAAAAAAGAGAGCAUUAAAGUCAAGUAAGAAUAGAGUGGCAGGGAUAUUAGAGACUAAGGCAAUAGAGAGUGUCACAAAGAAAGUGACAAGGAAAAUGUUGGUUGAACAAGUUAUACCAGCAAUCAAAAGCAAGUGGCAUCCAAGCCUGCCUAAAAAUGUGUUCAUACAAUGGGAUAAUGCAAGACCACACCAAAUCCCAACAGAUGCAGAGUUUCAAGAAGCAUGCACAUAA